CUCUCGCGGAAGAAGGUUGACGCAAGUGGGAAGUCUUGAUGUUGGAUCAAUGUUGAAAUUUUCAUUUGCUUAAGUUCAAUGCUUUUUUACCGCGGAUCAGCUGGAAAAAUUAGUGCUUUUUGGUGGCUAAAGUGCGAUACAAUUGUUGACGGGUCCAUGAAAACAUAGAAUGUUAAGAUGUGUGCACUUUGAAAUGUGGAAAACCAAAGGUUAGGAUCAAUCUUCAUGAGAUAGUGCAAAAUAUCGAUUAGCGAGCUGGUGAUCUCUGGCUCUUUGGCUGGUGUUGAACACCACACAUCAUUUCUUCACUAACAUUGGCUGGUUGACAGCUACCUGGGUCAAUCAACUGUAAUUAAACAUGCGCCUAGAUGAACUGGUAGCUUGGUAUCAAAAAAAGAUCGGCACCUACGACAAGCAGCAAUGGGAGAAAACUAUCGAACAAAAAAUACUGGCUGGAAUAACUCACCUGCAGCUCAAAAACACCAAGCUUAAGACCGAACUGAUCGAUGUGGAUCUCGUGAGGGGUUCAACCUUUCCCAAGGCCAAAUCCAAACUAUCCAUCCUAACUGUGAUCUACCUUGCCGCCCUCAGACUCCUGUUCCUGCCAAUCUACGCAAAAUGGUGGGUUCAACAAACCUCGCCGAGAGUCUUCGUCCUACUGCUAACGCUGUACUUGCUACAAAUGAUCAAUCUAGGCAUCUACAGCUACAACGUGAACAAAAAUGGUGCCGAAGAAGAGGAACACAUUGUAUCGGUUUCCGAAUUUCUCAUCCCGAUGGCGCUGAGUUUGCUGCUAAGCGUUAUUCAUUCGCAGAUCGUGGCAACAGCUUCAAACAAUAAUAUUAUGUGCCGAAAAUUGAAAAAGUGUCAAUCCUACUCUAAUUUGAAGAAACGUGAACGCAUACGCCGCAAACGUAGAACAAGAACAACGACAACGACUUCGCAAGACUGUGGCGACAACAGCCAAGACGACGAAGCUAAACCAGAGACGCCUCAGCCUGGCAAAACGAAGGCCAAAAACAACCUGUACAAUGUUGCGAGCAAAUCGCCAUCGGGAUCCCCAGCUAGAACUGCUCGAAAGCAAGGAGCAUGCAGUACUAGCAGCAGCACCAGUAGCGACGCCUUGAACAACCAGGCUGUCAAAGCGAGUUUGAAUCAAGAAGCGAGAACAACGUUACACAAAGAGAUUACAGAGCAUCCGAACAAAGAGCAGAUCCUUUCUGCCGACGGUACAAACUAUUCUAAGAACAGCGCUAACUUAACAGUAUCAAGCAAUAGGAUAAUUGAAAUGAAGACACUAGCAGCUACCGUACCAUUCUUGGUCAAUGACACUCCCGAUGAAAUUCCUUUUCCGAACGAACCUGGUUGUUCUUUAAGAAGAAGAAACGUAAAUUGGGAUCCUCGAAUGGCUAAUAGGAACAGUAAUGAUAGACAAGUUGAAGAAGCGCCCAUCGCACCGGACGCUCCAAUCGAUGACGAUGGCUUCGAAAGCCUGAACGGCAAAAGUUCCGGAGGCGAAGAUAGCUCCAAUGCAGGCAUACCAGCUGAGGCGUUCUAUCGGAAGGUGCCAUACUCUAAUGUCUGGAAUCGAUCCGACAGCGAUACUGAUACGCUCAGACAGACUCCAACGCUUCAAGAACAGCUCAACAGUCAACCCCUGCUAACGUCAACUCAACAAUCAACCAAACCCAGGAAACACCUGUCGUCAGAAUCUGGCAUCGAGCUACAACAUCGUAAUGACAGCGCCAACAAAGCCACCCUGGACAGUGAUCGUACGCAUCACAGCAGCGUACUAGAUCCCAUCGACGUCACCGGCGGUCCAACGAGGUCCACCGGCAGUGGAUUCGACGAAAAGCUCGAAUCCAGUGGCGACACGGAUGAAGAGAACGAUUUCGACCUGCAUCUGCACCCCGACCACCAUGACCAUAACCAUCACAGUCAUCAUCACUUCCACCAUCAUCAUCAUCUUCACCAUCACCAGUCAGAAGGUAUGGACUUGAACUGUGGUAGGGAUUUAGCCAACACCAAUAGUGAAGAAUGUACUUACAGCUCAGAUCUCAAUCACUCGGAUGGACAAAACGAGCACUCGGAUGACGACUACGAUUUGGAGGAUGCACCGACGAUUAUACUUAACCCGCCAUGUGGAGCUUCGGACAGAGUGAGCUGCACAAUUUGGGACGCUAGGGAGGCGAAAAAGGCCGACAUGUCGGUGCUGGAUAUUUCCUCGGCCAUUAUCGAACGCGUCGAAGCAAUGCCCGAAACUUGUGAUUACGUCUACAUUGGACUUGCAUUAAGCCUGAUCUUAUCCCUGAUUCCUGCCUUCUGUCGGUUGUGUGAAGCAACGGUCGAUCCAUCCGGCUCCAACGAACUCAACAUCCUCAAUAUGCCAGUCCUACUCCUCGAGAAAGCUUCCUUCUCCUGUAUGGCCAUUUUACGGUUUGCCUUCGGUGAAUCUACCUGGGAAAAAACGGUUCUCCUACUAGGUUUUAUUUUAAGGCUGUGCCUAACGUACCUCAUCUUUUUCCUGCUGGCCGUAGCCGAGCGAACCUUUAAGCAGCGAUUUUUGUACGCAAAACUCUUCUCCCAUCUGACCUCGUCGAGACGUGCUCAAAAGUCGGCCAUUCCCCACUUCCGACUGAACAAGGUGCGAAACAUCAAAACUUGGCUUUGCGUUCGAUCCUAUUUGAAACGGAGGGGACCACAAAAUUCGGUAGACGUCAUAGUUUCGGCGGCAUUUAUUAUCACCCUACUCCUGCUAGCAUUUUUGAGCGUCGAAUGGUUGAAGGACUCGGUUCACCUGCACUCACAGUUCAAUCUGGAGGCGCUGAUGUGGUCAUGUGCCUUCGGAACCUUCUUGCUGCGCUUCAUGACCCUUGGGACGAAAAUAAACAAGAAAUAUAAAAGCGUUUCCGUCCUCAUUACGGAACAAAUUAAUCUCUACGUUCAGAUUGAACAAAAACCAAAUAAAAAGGAAGAAUUAAUGAUUUCCAAUAACGUACUUAAGCUGGCAGCAGAUUUGCUCAAGGAACUGGAAUCUCCUUUCAAAAUAUCCGGCCUGAGCGCUAACCCGUACCUCUACACUACCGUCAAGGUGGUGAUCCUAUCGGCGCUGAGUGGUGUCCUGAGCGAAAUGCUUGGCUUCAAGCUGAAACUCCACAAAAUCAAAAUCAAAUAAAUCGCAACAGUCCAACUGAUGAAUCUCAACCAUCCCCACAUAUUCUCUUCUCAACUACACUACUAGAGUUAUUGCUAGCUUUUCGAGAAACUAACUUGAAGGCAGCCAGUCAGUCAGACAGUAGUUCGAACAAAAUAUCUGAAUGAUACAAAAUUGAAAGUUAUUAAAGACUAGGAAGUAUAUUCGUGCGUAGGAAUAAGCUUCCAAUUGUUAGUUAUUUGAAUAGAUUUUUUCUUUCUACAUAGUGCAAAACCAAUCUUCGAUCAAAGGCAGUAGACUAACGUACGUGUGUGUCGUAUGAAAAAAAAACCGAAAGCAAUCCCAUCAGAACGUAAUCAAUUCUCGAGUUGUUUUUUGUGAUCGUAAAAAGUGAAAAGUGAAAACCCAAACUGUAUUGAACGAACAAACCCUUAAAAACUGUCGAUAGAAUUUUAAAACUAACAAACAGAACUAUUACAUUGGAUGGUAUUUUUCGAUGGAUAAUAAUUAGAUGUAUUUGGAGCUUAAACGAAGGGCUGUACUCAAAGUUGUUUACAGUUAAAGAUGUUAGACAAGAAAAUUUGUAUGUUUUCAAAUGUAAUAAACGAAACGAA